AUGUGGUAUUUUCUUUCUUUUCCCUUUCGUCCUUUGUUUAGGGGCUUGGGUGACGAUGAAAUUGAAAUUGCUGUCUUUCUCCCUCUCCUUCAUCUCGGUGUGGCAAAAUUCUCCUUUGAGAUCCUUUCCUACUUUCUUUCCUUUUCCAAUAAUAUUUUAAGAUCUUUUCUUCCUUUCUUCUAUUCUUUUUCUAUAAGCGUUUGGUCUCGCAACUUGGCGGUAUCCGUAUACGUCGUAGUUUAUUUUCUCAAAAUUCAAAUAUUCCUUUCGUUACACGCGCUUGCGUGCGGUCGUCCGUUGGAGAUAUACUUCUCUCUCUCCCUUUCUUUCUCUAUCUAUCUAUCUAUCUAUCUAUCUCUCUAUCUAUCUAUCGAAAAUAGAAAUCUGACAUUCAUAAAUUUUAAUAUUUUUAUUGUUAAAAAAUCUAUCUAUCUAUCUAUCUAUCUAUCUAUCUAUCUAUCUAUCUAUCUAUCUAUCUCUCUCUCUCUCUCUCUCUAUAUAUAUAUAUAUAUAUAUAUAUUCAAUUUCAAAGAAAAUAGACGAUUAUAUAAAAUCAAAUUAAAUACAUGGAGUUGGAAAAAUAUCAUGAAGGUAUAG